CACAACUCAGAAGAAUGGCUGUAUUUUAGUUACCUCUCUCCCGCUCUUACCAAAUCUCUGCUCUGCAACUUUUUCACUUCUUCUGCUAAACCCUAAAAAAGCCCUCUCCCUCGUACGCUGCUCCUCUUUCCUGUCUCCUCGGACUUCUCCAACACUUUCUUUUCUCUGCUAAUUCAACCUCACGAUUCGUAAUUUCUUCACCUGGUGGUGUGCUUGAUUUGAGGGUAUGAUUUGAGCUUGUGUUUUUGAAUGGCCCCAAAUUGCUGAUUCUUGUUUUUGAAGGAGAAAAGUGGCAAUGGAGGAGAGCUUUGCUGUUAUCGGGGGUGGUGAAAGGAUUUACGAUAACGGUACAAAAGAUGGGAGUCUUGGGGAUCACAUAAUUGAGGAGAUGGAUUCCUUUCUGGCUGACAUCGAUGAGCCGUUGAUCAUAUCUAGGAUGGUGAGUGACUCUGUUAUAAAGGGCAUGGUUAAUGCUAUUGAGGAACAGGCAGCUGAGCGAAUUGCUCAGAAAGAAUUGGAGGUGGUUGAGCUAAAGAAAAUACUAGACAGGUUUCGUGUGGGUUCAGAUGAAACUAAAACGCUGUUGUCUUUGGUACAUCAUUGUGAACCCCAUGAAGCUGCUAUGCAUCAGUUUUCAGAUAGUGAUGUAGAGCAUGAUAGAUGUAUAAUGUAUGUAGAUAGUCUUCAAAUUGCAGUUCAUGAGCAUUUAAGCCUGCUUGAGAAAGAAAUAAAAAAAAUUAGAGGAUCUAGUUCCAUCCGAAGAAUUAGUUCCGGUUCUGAUUUGGUGGGUUUAAGUGGUAUUCUGCAGGAGAAUAUGCCGGAGAAAUGGAUUUUUGUUGAUAAAGCUUUUGAAGAUCUCAAAGAUACCCUAGACACUUUUUGUAGAAGGAUGGAAGGAAUGGAUCAGUUAUCAAAGGCAUCGCUUUCUGAGUGGCAGCAGGAGCAGGAGUUUCGAUCAGAAAUUGAACGGAUGGUGAUCAGCAAUGGUAUCUGGGGUUUGCAACAGGAGUUUGAACAGAAACUAUGGGACCUUUAUGACUCCAAAAGUAGAAAUUGUUUUAACCAAUAUAAUGAGAUCUCUAGUUUGCGUCAAGAAUUGGAUUCAAUUUUUAAAUCAUUGUCUGUUUCCGAAGCUGGGUACCUUAUUUCUUAUGGUUCCUUGGAGAAUACCGAGGAAUGGUGUCAUAAUAAGAGGGCUGACCAUUUCCAUGUGAAGCUUUCGACAGAUCAUUUACCACCUUCAACCAUGGAAGAAAAUGGCAAAUGGGAGGAGUCAAAAAUUAACAAGCCUGAGAAUUUGGAUUCGGCCUCACUAAAGCACAUGUCUAAAGAAGAAUUGGUUACUUACAUUACAAAAAUGAAAAGAAACCAUGAAUCUCAAGUGCAGGAGAAGACUGAAGAGAAUUUUCGCCUUAGGCGGGAACUUCUGAAUUUGAAAGAAAGAGGUUCUUCUUUUCCACUGAAAAAGGACAAGGAGUUUGAGCUGUUGAAGAAAAAAAUCCCCGAUGUCAUCUCAAAAUUGAAUGAAAUCCUUGUUGGAAAUGAGAAAGUACAUCAAUUCAGUGAAAACAUUGAGUCUAUUAGCAGUUUAAAGGAUAGAUUGGAUUUCUUACAUUCUGAGAAUCAUCAAUUGAAGGACACACUUUCAGAUAAGAAGAAGGAAUUUAAGAGUCUAUCUUGCCAGCUUUCUGAUGCUGUGGAAAAAUUGUCACAGCAACAACUAACAGAGAAAAAUUUGUUACAAACCAUUGAAAAGCUUGAGGAUGAUGUAGGGAAUGCAGAGAUUCAAGUUUCAGUUAUUCAAGAUGUUUAUAAAUGUCUCUUUGAAGAUAUUGUUUGUGAGUUCAGAUGUAUCACUGAAGAAUCACGUCUGAAGAAUAAUGUCAUGCAAGAAAUAUAUGAAGUGAUAUUCAAAGAAGCUUCCGACAGUGCUCAAGCUUCUAGUGGGUUGGGAAUUGAGGAAGCAGAUUUGGAGUCAGUUAUGAUGCAAGGGCAAUUGGAUAUUAAUCAUGUUAUAUUUAAAGAAACUUUGGUGAAUGCAAAUGAAGCAUUAAAAUUGGAAGCUGCUGAGAAAGAGAAACUAAACUAUGAAAUGCUUAUGUUGAAAUCCUUAGUGGAAGAAAAUGAGAGGUUAAUACAAGGAGCAGCAGAUUAUUUGGUUGAAGAGAAACGAAAAACAGAGUUAGCCUCUAGAGAGCUUAACAGUUUAAGAGCUGAGAUAGUUCAGCAACAUAACGUAAUUGCAGAGAACUGUAAAGAAUUGGAUGUCACCAAGGGUAACCUGGUUGCAACUUUGAAGGAAAUUGAACUAUACAAGGGGAAAAUGCAUGAGUUACAUCAAAAUCUUGAACAAAGAAUGAACAAGCUUAGAGAAACUGAUGAAGAAAGAAGCGUACUUCAUGCUCUUACAGAAAAGCAACAAGAAGAACUAAACCUGAUUGAGGCAAAAGAAAGGGAAAGCAGGAAGCAAAUGGAAUCAACCAUUAAUCUCAUCCAUAAAUUGUUGACCAUGAUUACUGGUUUUGAAGCAAGAGUGAACAAAGAUAUUUCAAGAAAUUGUUUGAGGCUUGAAAACAUGAGAUCUGAGUUCCGUUGGAUCAAUAACAAAGCCAAUAUGCUUAAAACCAUGGGUUUAGUGUACAAGCAAAGGCUAGAAACAAGAUCUUCUGAUCUUGCAAAGGCUGAAGUAGAGGUUGAUCUUUUGGGGGAUGAGGUAGAUACUCUUCUUAGCCUCCUUGAAAAAAUAUACAUUGCGCUUGAUCAUUAUUCACCCAUACUGCAGCAUUACCCUGGGAUUAUUGAGAUUCUGGAGCUUGUAAGAAGAGAACUGACUGGAGACUCUAGAAGACAUGUUUAGUUGUAUGUUCCGGCCAGGUAAAUUGACAGACAUCCUGUUGGCACAAACCAUAUCUUUCCACUCUAUGGAUUGGUAUAAACCAGAAGCAGUGAUAAGGAAAUCAUUAUCUGCAAGUGCCCUCAUGAUCAAUGAUCACAACCACACUGGAUUUGGAUAAUUGCAAGUAACUUUUCAGGGAACACCAUCAUGGUGUUAAUUGGUUCAUUUUUUCAUCUUUCCAUUAGCUUUGUCCAUACAGAGAAAUCAGAGAUGCUAGAGUUUUGGUAGUUGGAUUUUUUUUCCCAAUUUUUUUGUGUUCACUUCUCAUGUCUAUAACUGCAGAACAGUGGCAAUGCUAUUGCAUAAAUUAUUUUAGUCCAUACUGUCCUCUGUUGAAUUACUACAUUGAGGGGCUACGUGCAAAUUGAUCCACUUUUAUUUAAAUCUUCUAAUGGAUAUAGGUAAUGAAUGAGUUGUACAGUUCUCAAAAUACACAUUUGUCUCCUGUCUUUGUAAUGCAUGGUUUGUCUUCUAUAUGGGCUAAUAGCAUUUGCACAUGUUAUUUGGUGUAAUGAGUUUCUAAAUGGCUUAUUUUUUUCA